AAAAAAAUUGAUUUUUCAAAAUUGUGUGUCGUCAGCCGUUUGUACGAUUUCGUUCUUUUUUUCUUUUUUUUUUUUUUGUGGGUAGGUUGGAAAAGAUGAAAAACGGAAAGUGAAAUAAGAAGAAAUUCAUUUGAAUUUUGAAGAAGGGCAGAAUCGUAUUUGAAAACUGUUUUUGGAUUUUGGUCAGAUUUUUGAGGGAGGCCGGCUGUGAUUCACCAUUUGUCCGAUGACGCGCCGGUGGGAUCGGUCGCGGCCCCGUUCUCAAUUUCCGCGCAUCUCUAGCGAGCACAGCUGUUUCCCCUCAAAACAUAUGAUAUGACUUUUUCGUCCGAUUUGACUUUAUUAUGACAUCGGAAGCCUGCGUACUGGGUUCUCGGUCGUUGAAACUUCACUAUUUAUAGGUGGUGGCCCGUUGUAGAAAUCGCGAUUUUCUCCCGCUGUCGUUUAUCCCGGCCGGAUGAUGAGGAUGUGAACGAGGGACGUGCGGAGGGCGACGAGGGUUGCGACCGUGUAAAAAUAACAGCGAGGGACAGUUCUAAAAUGUAAUUACCCCGCGAGUGUUCAGCUCGAAAAAACAAAAGAAAAGAUCAGAUCGAGUUUUGUUUUUGAUUUUCGACUCGCGAAUCGGAGUCGGAUCGCGGCCCGUUUCGAAUCGGUAUAAAGUCGCGUAUCCAAUCCGGAUCCUCGGAGAUGUAUUCGAUCGUUUGCAAUUCGGCCAACGAGCCGGACAGCCUCCUCAGCCAGUGCUUCAAGUUCGUCGUGAGGAAUUUGGACUCGGUGUUCGUGAGGGACCCGGCCUCGAACGGCUACGAGCUGGUCCCGGGGCAGGCCUUCCCGAGGGAGAUCUGCGAGGAGUUGAUCAGGGUGCACCAGCAGGUCGGCCUCCAGGUCAACGACAAGUUCGUCCGCCUAUUCCGGGACCUGGCCAACACCAAACUCCUCCAUGUCAGACUCAGGAACUCCAACAUCACAGACGACGGCCUCUCCACGCUCCUCAAGCACCGGCUCGUCGAGCUGGACAUCGCCAAAUGCCAUGUCAUCACCGACGCCUCACUCAACGAGUUGAACCUCUACGGGGAAAGGCUCGAGUCGUUGAGCAUAGGAGCCGGAGUCCAGCUCCUCCCCGACACCCUCUGCUACCAGGUGCCUCCUCAGUGGGGCGCACACUGCGAUUCCGCCCUCUCGUACGAAGAGCGCGGCUACAUCCUCAAAGCGCCCAACCUCCGCAGGCUUGCGGUCAAAAACCUCUACAUCCACAGGGAGAAGCGAUACUUUCCACUUUUGCUCGAGUCGUUUCCCAACCUUGUCGAACUCGACCUCUCCGGCUGCAGCGAUGUUGAAAAUCUGGAGUACAUCGUCAAGCUGGUCCACCUCCAGUCACUUGUACUUCACAAUAUUUUUAAAGUUCAAGAGUCUCUGCCUUACAUAUGUCAACUGAAGUCAUUGAGGCAUUUGGAUAUAUCUCAGUCGUCUGAAAAAAUGGGACUGUAUCAAAAAGAAAACGAGGCUCUGGCGUACAUCGUCGAUAACCUACCAAAUCUCACAUCCCUUGACAUAUCAGGAACAAAUCUGGCCGGAAGAGGAGUGGCUGAACAAAAGUUUUCACUGGAAAAAUCGAGGACGGACAUACCUGGGCUUGCAUCACGGGUCGACAGGCCUUUGGAGUUCCUCGGCCUUUAUGGAACGUUGCACGGGGCGUGCAGGAGGCACGACAUCCCAGCGAAACAUAUUUCGGGUGAUGCUAACGAAAGGCAGAUCUUAGUCGCGGCGGCUUCUUAUCUCGAGAGGCCAGACAUCCUGCAGCGAGUGCUCAAUGACCUCUACCUGCUUUUUAGAUACGACAACUGCCAGGACAUCAAGACAGCUUUAGCAGUCGUUUUAGAAGCGAUGGACAGACACGUUACUAUUAAACACAUACAAAUAUCCGGAAGUGCCACUCUCUUUUAUAUUGUGAAAAGCAAAGAUACACGUCCUACGAGCUGUCGGACAAAACAAGCUAUUAUCACGACACUUUUAAAUGGAAUGAAUACCCACAGGAAUGAUGACACUAUGUUAAGAAAUGGCUGUCUUACUUUAUGUCAAUUUAAAAUUCCCAGUGAUGUCCUUUUUGAAUAUAAAAGGCUUGUAAGCAUCCUUUUACAUAUUGUUUCUGAAAUGGAACAAGAAGGCUUUGUACAACGCAUUGGAAUAUACCUUUUGAACUCUCUCGCUUGCCAAGUGGAAGGUUCACAAAAGCAACUCUUAGGUGAUCUCGGCGCUAUCAAUAGGAUGCUUGUAAUCAUCAAUAACAGAGUUACGAGAAAAUCUUGCGAUGAUGUAUUAGAAGUCGCUUGGUCGACGAUGUGGAAUGUCACGGACGAGACUGCUGUUAACUGUCAGAGAUUUCUUGAUGGAAAAGGAAUGCAGUACUUCCUCGGAUGUCUUAAAAUGUUCCCCGAUAAAGACGAACUCAUGCGGAAUAUGAUGGGUCUACUCGGAAAUGUCGCCGAAGUCAAACAUCUCCGCCCGAGGUUGAUGACGACCGAAUAUAUAUCCGUGUUCGCAGACCUGGUCGAUUCUACCAGUGAUGGAAUUGAGGUUAGUUACAAUGCAGCAGGAGUUCUUUCUCAUAUGGCAUCUGACGGGCCGAAAGCUUGGACUAUCACUGUACCGUCACGAGAAACGGUUCUCAGAAGGAUGGUGGCCGCCAUUGAAAGAUGGCCCCUUGAAACUUUAAGGAAUAUAAAUUACAGGUCAUUCGAGCCCAUCCUUCUUCUUGCAAAAGUGAGCCAUACACCAGAGUGCCAGCAUUGGGCCGUCUGGGCUCUUGCCAAUCUGACUAUGGUUUACCCCGACAAGUACUGCAGUUUGGUCGAAGCCGAAGGUGGAAUCGCCAUUUUAACCGAUAUCAUUAACGAUACAAGGCCUUACAAGAGGAUCAGAGACCUUGCCGAAAAGGUUAUCACCGUUUGUGAACUACAUCGAAAUAGAUCAAGUUAUCUCAACUUUAAUGUCGAAUCAAAUUCUUCAUUACAACUUGACGGUUGAAUCCAAAUAAACAGUAAAACAAAAACUGCCGACUAAGUUAGACAACUGUAGUCACUCUCGAUGUUCGAAAAGAUCCCUAAAACUAUCUCCUCUGGGCAAAAAUAUCUAAGAAAUUAGGGAUUACUUCUUGAUAUUUAUAUAUUUUGUUUACAACUUUACAGACCUUAUUCAAUUCUGGGUUCAUUUAUUUAUUCAAUAAUGCUAUACAAGCAUUAUUUGUUUUUCAUUUUGGACUUUUAUUUGCCAAAGGGAUACUCGCUUUAAUUUUAUAUAUUUUAAUUAUAGAGAGAGGACUACAUUUUGUGAACCUAUUAAACCGUAAUACAUAACUUCAAUGUCGUGUACUUAGAGAACAUGUAUUAAUACGUAUGUUAUUGUUGUAUAUAACAAAACCGGAAUAAUCUGAGAAUUUAAAACUAACUUCCUUCUAAUGUAAUAUUGUAAAUAUAACAAUUUUAAAUUAGAUAUAUAUCGCAGUAAGAAA